AUGCCAAGAAAUAUUAAUCGAUAUUGGCAACUGCGGGAGCAAGAAUUCUCGCAAGAAUUGAUUGUGAUAAUUAUGAUGCUCCUUGCAAGUAAUAGUAAACAUACCAACAAGAGAAUUUGGAUGCAUCGAUGGAUAGCAAAAAGAAAGGAAAAAGGAUUACAUCAUAACCUUUUCUUGGAACUCAGUCUAGAAGAUCCUAAUAGAUUCAGGAGGUACUUACGUAUGGACACAGUAAAUUUUGAAGAACUUUUAGAAAAGGUUUCUUCUUUGAAAAGAAAAUUUCCACUCAUUAAAAAGAAGAAUACACAUUUGAGAGAAAGUAUUCCACCAGCAGAAAGACUUUCUUUAACUUUGCAGCAUUUGGUUACAGGAGAAACACAGGAAUCCUUGUCAUUAACUUUUAGAAUAGGACAAAGCACAAUAUCUGGUAUCAUAAAAGAAGUAUGCCGAGCUAUCAUUACUGUAUUGAAGGAAGAAUAUUUGAAAGCUCCUUCUUCUGAAAUGGAGUGGCAAGAAAUUGCACGAAACUUUGAUGAACUAUGGCAAUUUGAAAAUUGUAUAGGUGCAAUUGAUGGAAAACACUGUAGAAUUGACUCACCACUUAGAUCAGGGUCACUUUAUUAUUGUUACAAGGACUUCUUCAGGAUUGUUUUAAUGGCAGUUGUCGAUGCCUACCUACGCUUUAUAUACGUUGAUAUUGGGACAAAUGGACGAAUAAGUGAUUCGGGAGUAUGGAAUAAAUGUACUCUUAAGACUCAUUUAGAAAUCAACAGCCUCCAUAUUCCGGGUCCAUCUCCACUAUCUGGCACAAGAGAAAUGCUUCCUUAUGUGUUAAUAGGUGAUGAAGGUUUUCCUUUAACAGAGAAAUUCCUUAUACCGUAUCCUGGUUCUCAGUGCUCUGGUAAAAAAAAUCGUAGAAUUUUCAGUUAUAGAUUGUCAAGAGCUAGACGUUGCUCAGAAAAUGCCUUUGGUGUUCUUGGAGCCAGAUUCCAGAUAUAUCGAAGUGCAAUGAGAUAUGAUCCAGAUGAUGCUGAAAAGAUAAUAAUGGCAACUUGCUGUCUCCAUAAUAUGUUACGGAGUAAAGUUGUUGGCAGAGUCAUGUAUACACCUCCAUCAUUUAUUGAUGAAGAAGAUAUAAUGUCAAGUGAAAUCAGACCGGGUAAUUUCCGGGAAGAGUCAGCAAAUGGUUUAAUAAACCUGAGUAAUCAAAGAGGGAACAGGCACGCAAAUUCUGCUAUUCUUCUAAGAAAUAAAUGGUGCGAUUAUUUUAAUGCCGAAGGUGCAGUACCAUAG